AUGGUUCUGCCAGCCAUACUCAUCUGCCAGCUCUCACUUUUGGUGUUUCUUCGUGGCGCCUUAGUUGUGGCGGAGAGAUACCGCUUGAAGGACAGUUUUAUUGGUUCGGAAUUCUUCGAUUCGUGGACUUGGGAGACGUUUCAGGACCCUACUCACGGACGUGUCAAUUAUGUUGAUCUGCAGACGGCCCUUCGGAAUAACCUGUCUUACGCCACGGAGGAUAAAUUCGUGAUGAGGGCGGACCAUUGGAGCACGAUUCCGCCAUUUAGUCGUGGAAGGGACAGUAUCCGGGUAAAAUCGAAGAAUGCGUAUACGGAGUCGUUAAUGGUGUUAGAUUUGGAACACAUGCCGGAGGGAUGUGCGACUUGGCCUGCGUGGUGGACGCUGAGUAGGAAUGGUCCGUGGCCAAAUGGAGGAGAAAUAGAUAUCAUCGAAGGUGUCAAUCGCAAUGCCCAGAAUGCGGCGACUUUGCAUACGAGCGCAGGAUGCACUAUGGCCGCUGUAAGAAGACAGGCAGGUGCAUCAUCAUCAACCGACUGUGACGCUGCAGCAAAUGGAAAUCAAGGAUGCGGGACGACCUUCUCAAGGACCAGCUCGUAUGGGUCUGCAUUCAAUCAGCAAAAUGGUGGAUGGUUCAUCAUACAAAGAUCUUGGAGUAAAGGUAUAAACGUCUGGUUCUGGUCUCGACAUGACGAAAAGGUUCCUGCGUGUGUCAAGUACGGAUCAGGGCUGAUGGAGAUUGGAGACGAUUGGGGCUUACCUGAGGCUUCAUUUACGUUCGAGACGUGCCCCUAUAGCGAGCACUUUGACGAGCACCAGAUUAUCUUCGACCUUACGUUUUGUGGAGAUUGGGCUGGGAGUACGUUUGGCGCUUCUGGAUGCGGAACCAUGGCGUGCGACGACUACGUCGACCACAAUCCUUCUGCUUUCGAGAACGCUUUCUGGGAGAUCAAUAGUUUGCGGUUCAGUUGGAAUCCCUGGCACAGCUUCAACCGAGUCCUUCAUCCUUUUACCAUGGACUUUCUACAGUUAUCAGACAAGCUGAAGAGCGAUAUAGCCCUCCCAGACGCUGAAGAUACCUGGGAACGUGUAGCCAAGGCUCUCACCUCGCUCAAACAGUCUUGCGACGCUCGCCAAUUCGACGAACCCAGUGAUGUCGUCCAGACAAUCAAGACAUUUCAGACCUCGAUUAUCAACUCGAUGAACUCGGAGAGGACGAGAUUGUGCUUGGCCGCGCUAGAUUUGGUGGAUGCUGUGGCAGUCGCCUGCGAAGUCAAGUUCGAACCUCUCAUUCCUGUUCUCCUCCCGGCCUUGUUAGUGCUGUGUGGGAGGACGAAUAAGGUUAUCGUCAACAGAACGAAGGGGUGCAUCAUGUCGAUCGUGGAGUGCACGCAGGUUGCGGGCGUUCUUCCGUAUUUCCUCGGCCAGCUUGGGGAGAAGGCGAACACAGUGCGACUGGUUGCCGCUGAAGCUGCGCUGGCGUGCGUCAAGUGCUGCAACCCACCAGACUUGGAGAAGGAAGCGAGAGCAGGGGAUAUUGAGAGUAUUAUUCGCAAGGCAGCCAGGGAUGCGAAUGCAGAUGUGAGAAAAGUCGGACGAGAGUUGUUUGGAGCGUAUAAGAUUCUAUUACCUUCCCGUGUCGAUCGAUUCACUGCUCCACUGACCCCGACAAUAAGAAAAUAUCUCGACAUCAAGAGCGCCCCUGCUGCUGCCAGCAAGCCAGGAGCUAGUCUCACGAGGGUAAAAUCGAUGUCGGCACUCAAUGUCAACAGGGCUAUCGAGUCCUCCAAGGCUGCUGGCAAGCAUUCACGGAAUCCUUCCGUCAAUACAAUGGCUACUACGAGUAGCGUCGCCACCGCAGCAUCGAAGGAGCCCUCCAGACCACGGCCAGCCUCUCGCAUGGAUCGCCUCCAGAAAUCCACUACCACGUCGCAGCCCGCCACUCGCACUGUUCCAACGACAAAGCCAGUUCAACCGACAAGGCCGGAACAACCGAAAAAAUUGGUCUCACAAUCUGGAAGUGCAGGGCCGUCGAGGGUGAUUGCACGACCAGCGUCUGCAGAACCUACUUCCCAGGCUGCCAUCCGACCUCAAAGAACAAUGCCUACUGGUGUCACUCGUUCGCUCACAACCCGUCCCCCCGUUGCAUCGGGAUCAACCCUCAACGUUUCUGGCCCACGUCGUGUCCCUCUCCCUCCUCCGUCCCUCUCUCAAUCUCAAUCGAGUGAUAAACAGCCAAGUCGACCGAAUUCAGUGCAGGGCCGACGUAUACCUGCCAAGGGUGUGGAGAAGCCGACGUUCAGUACGAGUAAUAGUACAACCACCAGUCGAACAGUCACGAGAACGGUCACAAAGGCAGCGGAGAAACCGACGAGUCGACCAACGAGGCCGACCACCAAAGCUGUGGCGUCGAGUUCUUCGAAUUCGAUGCCUCCCCCCAAGGUCCCUGCCAAAGCACGACCGGGUUUGACCCAGCCAACUUUGGCACAGAUGGCGAGAAUGAAGGAUAACGUUGUUCGCAAACCUGCUGCUGCGACUUCAAAGGCUGUUGCACCCCUUGCUGCGAAGACUGCAACCAAAGCCGGCUCUUCGAGCAAGGUGGUCGCUGUCACCAAGACAAAGGCGGGAUCGGUCCUACGUGACGGUGCACCCAGGUCGAAUGCGAAGGAAGCUCCCGUUGUGGUUGCCAAAGACGCAGUGGUCGAGGAAAAGGUAGAGCAAGAGAAGGCUGAGGAGAUCGUUGAAGAGGAGCAGGCCGAACGAAAGUUGAUUGUAGUGAUUGCAAAGGAGGAGGAAGAGGAAGCGGGACAGGUCCCUCAGCAUUUGCCCGCUGUUGUUGUAGAAUCCGCCGACGACACGCUUGAAGGGGAAGACGAUGACCAUGACAUGGAAGAAGUCGAGAUCCCAGCACCAGGGGCUUCCGAUGACAAGAGUCCCAUUACACCGAACGCCCCCAUUACACCUCCGAAUCCCAACAUUCAGCUCGGCAUCUCGUGGAAUGUCCACGAAGCCAAGACCCCCAUCUCCGCUUUGCUCAGCUCCAUUCAGCAAGGAUUUGAAUUCUCACCCGCGUCACCUCUCUCCCCUCCGCAAGGAUAUCAGGACGUUCAGCCUCUCGCGCUAUUCUGA